UCAUUACGAAUUUUACUUUACUUUCUGGGCAAUUGCUUGAUAGAAUCUGCUGGUCUGGUGUACAAGAUUCCACCCUGGGCGACUAUGCCUAUGGUUAAUACCGGGAAUAUUUCUCCACUGCUCCUCUGACGUCGUUGUAGCGAUGUCGAGCACGUCGUCAUCCUCCUCACAAUCGAGAAAAGGCGAUGCUGCUACAACUGCCAGCACGCAGGGGAAGAGUACGAGCUCUACAGCAACUGCAGCAGCCAGAUCCUCUGGAAUUCGGAAACCUCCACCUCUAAAACGUUUGUCUGAUCAGACGCAGGCUCGGGCAAAGCGCCAGUCGGCGACAGCAAGUGCAGCUUCAUCUGCUGCGAAAAGUCGAGCUACUGGCUCAACAGCGUCAUCAUCUUCUGCGACUGGAACAAAGGCUAAAGUUUCAACGAAUGUAUCUCAGCCCACGGUAACUAGGCGGCCUGGAGUAGCUGUGAGGAAGGUGGCCGAGAAGCCGGCGGAUGUGCCCAGUGUUAGCAUAUCUGGAUCAUCCACAGCAGGCCAUGUUACAGCUAGCAGCAUCGCAGCCACUGUGGACACUGCAGCUGGAUUGAGUCCCAGUGUUCUGGAAUUUAAACCCUAUUUCCAGGAACUGGAUGUUCUGAUUGAAUAUAAACUAGUCUGUCACUACAUGGUACGGGAGGGUGUCUAUGUGGUGCCAUCACUCAAGUCUGGUCGAGUAUGGCAUGGCGUGAUUUGUCUUCAUGCGGGCCCUUUCAAAGGCGGCGUGUUCCGUUUCAACAUCUUCUUCCCAGACAGAUUCCCGCACGAACACCCGAUGAUCAAGUUUGUCAGCUAUGUCUUCCAUCCGCAGGUCGACUCGAAUGGAAUUCUCAACAUUACUCAAGCAUUCCCACACUGGCAUGCACAACGUGACCAUGUCUGGCAUGUAUUACAGCACAUGAAGAAAGUAUUCUGCUCUUUGGACACUUGGCAACCAACUAAUGAAAAGGCCACCAUCGCGGUUCACGAAAGCAUGGAUGCAUAUAAUGCACAAGCUCACACGUGUGUUCAUCAGUCUAUUCAGGAUUUGUUGGAGAGUACUGGAAGCUCAGAUGAUGAUGGCAACUUUCUCAAGUACUUUGAAAUCUCCGAUGAAGCCAAUGCAGAAAUCAAGCAGCAAAUUGGCUCACAGAUGAUAACAGUGGACCAGGCACUGAGAAUACCUUUAUCACCCCGGCGGUGUCCAAGUCUAACUCCUCGCGGCUCCACGCACAUUGUUUCUAUCUAACCUGGGCAGUCUGAUCAUUACACUGCACUACCCACUGGUUCAGACCCUGAUCCGGUCUGGGGAAAGCCCUCUGUCAAGCCGGCCGGACCUGGCAAUCCUGCAAUGCAAGACAUGUCAACAUAUCCAAUUUGUCCGGUUCACCAGCUGGUUCCGAGCACCCUGUGCUCCAUCCACACCGCUCAAGCCAUGCAGGGGGAGGGAGGGGGAGAGAGAGCGAGAGAGAGAGAGAGAGAGAGAGAGAGAGAGAGAGAGAGAGAGAGAGAGAGAGAGAGAGAGAGAGAGAGAGAGAGAGAGAGAGAGAGAGAGAGAGAGAGAGAGAGAGAGAGAGAGAGAGAGAGAGAGAGAGAGAGUGCGCGCGCAGUACUAUAAUACCAUUCAGUACAGUGUACUCUGGUUCACUGGCUUUUGUGUUCAGACAGCACCACCCCAUCAAGCUACUCACUUCCGGCAGCAGCCACAUGAGUGCAUACUGACCACACAUGCACACAUGGCAGCAACGAAUGAGCGCUGUAUAACCAGAUAACUUUCAGUGCAGUGGAAUAAUCCAACUGUUAGUUUCGUAUUUGUACUGUAUCUUUCUGCAGCUUCUCGCCUUAUUUUCCGGUUUACUCUUUGCACACUUCCUGGUACUUCAGGUCACGAUUGCUGCUAAUUCUUAUCACCCCAGCCUACCGUAAUAAUGUACUACAGUAAUGUCAUUAGCAAUAUUACACACAGGACCAACCAACAAGUAUUCUGUUUAGUUUUACCAGCAGAUUCGUUUUCUAUGCUGCUUUCUUGCUGGAUGACCAGGACUUAGGCACAGUCAAUAGGACAAUGUCAAUACUCUGUCUCCCCACCUUCACUAAAAA